AUGAACGUAUUGGUCUGUCCGUCUGGCUUCAAGGGGAGUAUUGACCCUCUGACCGCGGCCAACUGCAUCGAGGCGGGCAUCAUGCGUGCUCUGCCGUCUGCCAAGAUACGCAAAGUACCACUCGCAGAUGGCGGCGAGGGGUUUGCACACGCCCUAGUUGCUGCUACAGAUGGCCAAAUACGUGAGGCCAUCGUCACUGGUCCUGUUGGUGCCCCGAUAUCCUCGUUCUAUGGGGUCAUUGCACAAGGCCAGUGCAAGACCGCGGUUAUCGAGAUUGCUGCUGCAGCUGGGCUGAGCCUAGUGCCUCACGACUGCCGAAACCCAUGCAUUACAACCACAUUCGGGGUAGGGGAGCUGAUUGCCUCCGCGCUGGAUGAAGGGGUACAGCGUAUCAUUGUGGGCUGUGGAGACUCUGGCACCAGUGACGGUGGGGCCGGGAUGCUCCAGGCCCUUGGGGCACGAUUGAUCAAUCGUGAAGGUACUGAGAUCCCUUGGGCUGCAGGGGGCCAGUCCUUGAUUCCACUGGAGAGCAUCGACCUUUCCGGAUUACAUCCUCGUCUGAAGGACGUCGAGAUCGAGGUUGCUUGUAACUGGAAGAACGUCCUCUGCGGGCCGAACGGAGUGGCCUGUGUAUAUGGUCCGCAGAAAGGCGCAUCUCCCAAACAGACCAAGCUGUUGCAAGCUGCGUUGGAUAUGUACGCUUCUGCUUGUAAGCGCAUUUUAGGCCAUGAUGUAUCUGAGAUGCCAGGAAGUGGAGCGUCCGGCGGGUUGGGUACAGGUUUGCUGCUCUUAGGCGCGAUGCUUCGUCCACGAUACGAAGCCAUCAUGGAGUAUUUCAACCUUGAAGGAUUGUUUGAAGAUUGCGAUCUGGUAUUCACUGCUGAAGGGGGUAUUGAUUACCAGACUCCGAGAGGAAAGAUCCCAGCGGAGGUUGCGAUACGCGCAAAGAAGCGUCAGAUCCCGGUUAUUGUGCUGGCAGGUACAAUCGGAGACGAGGCAGAGGUAAAUUACGACGUUGGAAUCAAUGCGUAUGCCUCAAUCCUCCAGCGCCCAUCCACCCUGGAUGAGGCUAUUGCGGAGGCUGAACGACUUUUGACGGAGAGCGCAGAGGGGGUAAUGCGUAUGGUGGUCAUUGGCCGCAAGCUGGCCAGAUGGUGA